CAAUGGCAACGAGUGAUAUCCCAGAUAGCUCUAAUUUGACACAAAACGAACAAAAAUUCCUCGACUUAGCAUUUAAAUACGCCUACAAAGCACUGGCGGCGCAAGAGGUCCCCGUCGGUUGCAUCUUCGUCUAUGAGGGCGAGGUAAUCGCGCUUGGCCGCAACGAUGUCAACGAAACGCGCAACGCAACGCGACAUGCCGAAAUGAUCUGUAUUAAUCAGGUAAACAGCUACUGCGCGGAGCGGCAGCUCGACGUUCACGAGACGCUGCGGAAGGUCAGCGUCUACGUGACGGUAGAGCCGUGCAUCAUGUGCGCCGCGGCUCUAUUUACAUUCGGUAUUGAACUGGUGGUGUUCGGAUGUCGUAACGAUCGCUUCGGUGGGCAGACCGUCUUCGAUGUGGCAGCCGUCACGCCGAACACCACCCGAGUCAAGGGUGGACAUCGUGCCGACGAAGCAAUGCAGCUACUUAAAGAAUUCUAUAAGGGGACGAAUCCAAGCGCGCCUGCUUCUAAAGUUAAAGAUAAGAAAAUAGAGAAAUAGUGGUUUAUUUAUUUUAUAUCUCGUUUUGCGUUCAAAAAUAGUAGUGUAUCAAUAUUUAGAAUACAGAUUUCUUUUAUACAA